UAUGUAAAAAUGUAAAAGCUAAAAUGGAAAAUUCGCCGUCCAGUUCCAUAGAAAAGCAAAUUGAUCACUUUUUGGAGCAUUUUAAACGUAGUGCAUCCAAGGCCAUCGAUACCGACUGGGUUAGCGGCUCCGAUGGACAGUCCAAUGGCAGUCCUCAACGACAGCAGCCCCUGCAACGUUUGCUGCAAAGAACCAAAAGCCGAUCCAGCUGUCUAGACGUAUCGGAACUGUCAGACCAUGAUGUGGAAAAUGCGCUAGCCGAAUCUCAGGCAAUUGUGAUGAGUGCAUCGCAAACGCAGCAGCGCCAACAGCAAUUGAUCAGCCACCAUAUGAUCGAAUCUCAGAUCUCGGUAAGCAGUGGGGCCUCCAUACAGACGGCUAUCUUUCAAUCGCUUAGCAAUUCGCCGGCGCACACCAAUCGGAGCACAGGACUGUUGCAACAUACCACAUCUACGAUUAGCAGCAACUCCACUAGUUCUGUAAACUCACAGGGUGUAGCCUAUGCCGCUGACGCCCUUGGUGCACAGAAGCCCUCGGAGCAGAUAAACUCGCUACUAGAGCACAUAAGUCCAGCGCAAGCGGCCGCCGCCAUGAGCGGCGAGGGCGUGCUCAACAUAGCCGACGUGGCGGAUCUGUUGCAUCCCCAACAUGCUAUCAUUACAGGAGGUCGUUCUCAGGAAGGUUGUCCAUUAAUCAUCUUUCCGGACAACAAUAAUUUUAAUUCGAUCGAAGAAGCCGACUAUCAGAAGCUCAUUUUGUACCUUAGCUCAGUGCCAUCCCUCCAGGAUGCGGAUCUGGGCUUUCACUUGAUUAUUGAUCGACGUAAAGACCGAUGGACAUCAGUUAAGACGACGCUGCAGCGAAUAUCGAUUUACUUUCCCGGUAUCAUACAUGUGGUCUAUGUGCUGCGUCCGUCGGGCCUCUUUCAGAAGGCCAUAUCCGAAGUGAGUUCGAAAUUUUCUUCCAAGGACGAAUACCGCUUUCGACUUAUAGUGUGUUCAGCUCUGUCCGAUCUUCAUGAAUUUGUUGACAUCAGUCAGUUAACCCCUGAUAUGGGCGGUACAUUAAUAUAUUCUCAUCACGAGUGGAUACAACAAAGGAUCUCACUCGAGAAGUUUUCAAGCUUGACGCAUCAGGUCUCUGCCGAAUUGGAUGUAUUUAUACAAGCCAUACAUGACACUGAGUUUCCCAAUUCCGUAGAGGCAACAAAAAAAUUGUUAGAGGAUCAGGGCGUUGACUAUGCGCGACUGAAGGAUGAGAUACUGGCGGCUGCCAGACACGGUGAGACGCUGCUGGACAAAAUAAAAUCCAAUGAGGAGCUCAAGGAGUUUUCCGAACGCACCGGCAAUGUCAGCGCCAUUGAAAGACUGCUGGUCCAACUGGAGGAAACUGAGCGUCGUUUCGACGAGUUCUGGCGGACACACCGCAACCGCCUAGAGCAGUGCCUGCUACUGCGCAUGUUCGAGCAGGACUUUCGGGAGCUGCAAAAUAUUUUCGAUGGGCAUCUAAAGACUGUGGCCGACAUGACUGAGAUUGGAGAGAGCGUGGAUCGUGUCGCGACACUUGUUCAGGAUACGGAGACAUUUUGUGAGCUAAUCAAAACAGACAUAGAGAGAGCUGAGAAGGUUAUACAAGCUGGACAACAGCUGGUCGGCUCCCGCGGCGUCUACCCUUGGGAGAUUGUGCAGCCCAAGUGCGACGAACUGCAGCGCGUCUGCGACAUAAUCAGUAUGCGCCUAAGCAAACGGCUCGAAAUACUGGCCAAGAACAGCGAACUUAUGGAGAGAGUUGAAAAGGCUAAUCAAUGGUGUGCCAACGGUGUAGAGCUGUUGGCCUCUCAGCGGAUCGAGCAAUGCUCAGUCUCUGCCGACCUAGCUGAGCAGUCUCUGCACGAAAUACAGGCUUUUAUCGCAUCCGCUUCAGAUUUUAAAUUAUCUAGUCCAAGUGAAUUCAAGAAAAUCUUUCUGGAUAGCACGACCCCAGAGACCAAAGCACUUGUAUCUCAGGUUCUACAGCGUAUUGAUGAUGUUUCUUUGAUGUGCGACAAGCGCAUUGCGAGCCUCAAGAAACUGGCUCUGAAACCACCGCGUCCAGUGCAGCAGGUUACUCCAGAACCAGCCGUGCCGCUGCAGCCACCAGGUGGUGCGCCCCAUUUGCUGCGCCGUAAACCAAAUAAGACUGGCAUACAUGAGUUAAGACCCAGAUCUAUGGACGGUGUCAUUGACUCGGGCGUUUCGUUAAAUGGCGACACUGGCUCGAGUCCAGAUAAUGGCGAACUCAUCCAGAAUCAACAGGACGCUGAGGCGAGAAAACUGAAGCGAGGUCACGUGCUGUCCGAGCUGCUGGAGACGGAGCGGAUCUAUGUUAACGAAAUGAGUUCAAUUCUUAAGGGCUACUUCGACCAAAUGCAGUCGGACGAGCUGAUGCACCUUGUUCCUGCCAGUCUGCAGGGCAAGGAGGAAAUACUUUUCGGCAACCUGCACGAGCUUUUCACUUUUCACAACGAGAUCUUUCUCAAGGACCUGGAAAACUGUAUUUCAACCACAGAGCUUGUGGCGCUCUGUUUCGUGCAAAGGCGGGACACUUUCUAUCGGCUGUACUCGUUUUAUUGCCAGAAUAUACCGCGCUCAGAGCGAUUGCGUGAGACGCUUGUAGACACUCACCUAUUCCUGCAGGAGUGUCAAAAGAGAUUGGGUCAUAAGCUUCCUCUAGCCGCGUAUCUGCUAAAGCCUGUGCAACGGAUCACCAAGUACCAGUUGCUUCUCAAGGACCUGCUGCGCUUCAGCGACAGCGGCAGCUGCACUAAGGAGCUGCAGAAGGCGCUUGACUGUAUGCUAAUCGUGCUCAAAUGCGUAAAUGAUUCAAUGCACCAAGUGGCUAUUACAGGAUUUCCGACCGAUCUGGCGCAGCAAGGCGAAUUGCUAAUGCAGGACUCGUUCCAGGUGUGGACCGAGUCUAAAAAAGAUAUACGCCUGCGCAUCAAGCCACAGCAACGUCACAUUUUUCUCUACCAGAAAUCCCUGCUCUUCUGCAAGCAAACCUCCAAAGCGGGUCAUAACAAAAGUACCUACCAGUUUAAGCACCACGUUAAGAUGUCACAAAUCGGUCUUACGGAGUCCGUUCGGGGUGACGCCAAACGCUUCGAGGUGUGGCUACAGGGACGUCAAGAGGUGCACACACUGCAAGCUCCGACGGUAGAUGUCAAGAAUAAAUGGGUGGCGGAGAUCAAACGGGUGUUGCUCAAUCAGCUCGAGGAACUGAAGGGCGAGAAAAUCAAGCAAUAUGGCCUCAACCAUCGGGGUCUUAAGCAAACAACAUCCUGGGACACGCCCAACAUUAUACUGGGCACACCAAGUCGCAACAUCAGCUGCGACGCUUCCUCAGAGUCCUCCAACCGCAACUCAAACUGCAGCAGCGAAGAGAACGGCCCAGCGGCAACUGCCUGCGCUAACUCCAGCAGCGGUAUUGGUGACAGGGACCAUCCAGAAGGAUGCGGCUGGAGCUCGGAUUAUUCAAAUAGCGAAGACGAGAUGUCCGUGAAUGAGGAUAAUAGCACGCCGGGCAGUAAAUUCAUUGCCCUGGCUGAUUAUACUGCUAUGGGACACUCGGAAGUUUCGAUGCGAGAAGGCGAAGCUAUCGAGCUAUUGAAAGUGGGCUGUGCCGGCUGGUGGUACGUCCGCGUCUUAGAUACCAAUGCAGAAGGCUGGACCCCGGGAGCAUAUCUGGAAUCGGUCAAUCGAAAAUCGUCACGAUCAUCGAGCUGCAAUCAGGAGCGAAUAAAUCUAAAAUAAACGCCUCUUCUUCUAAACACACGUUUUCAAAACUUCAUCUAUCGCCUCCAAUAGAUAACAGUAUUUGAACUUGUUCUUCAAAUCCUACUAUUUUCAUUUUUACUCAUCUGAAUCUGACAGAAAUACCAAAUAAUCUACACUCAAUAUUAUUAUCGCUUCUAAAUAUCCUCGGUUUGGUUAAAGUGUACAUUGUGGAUAAAUAAUUAUAAUAUGGAAAAUAGUAUAAGGUAUUUCUUGUUGAUAAUUAGCAUUAAAACAUGCAAAUAUGUAUUAUUUUUAAGAAUCCAUUGCAUAUGGUAUGUAAUUGCUAGUUUCUAGUCCAUAGUAUACUUAUUCUGGCUUUAUUCUACGUACACAACGUAUGCAUUGAAGUACUUGCGCUCUUUAGUAUUUGAGGACUGUUACAAUGAUUGUUAAGGACAACAUGUCGAAUAUUUCUUGAAAAUGUA